AAGAGUGAAUGAUUUAACUUACUUUAUUGGAACAAUGGGAAGGAAUAGUGAUUUCAUAACAUUGAUGUACACUAGUUGGAAAGCUGUGCCCCUCAAAGUCAAAAAGCGCAUAUGGAAAUAUAUUAAUUCAAAGUUCAUUCUUCCAAAAGAGGGGAAAGGGUGGGUGAUGACUGGUGUUCGAGAAGCUUGGAAAGGUUACAAAACAAGAAUCAAGGGAAAGCAUUUUGAGAGAUAUAACAACAUUGAAGAUAUGCUGAAAAAUCGCCCUUUAGAUAUUCCAGAAGUUCAAUUUCAAAAGUUAAUUGCAUAUUGGAGUAUUCCUUCUGUUAAGGCUCUAUCUCGUUUAAAUUCUGAAAAUCGUAAAAAGCAACAACAUCAACAUCGAAUGGGACCUAUAAGUUUUGCAAGAGUGCGUAAUGAAAUGCGUGAAAUGAAUGAGAACAAAGAAGACCCAUCACAGGUUGAUGUGUUUGUUGCAACUCGAACUGGACGAAAAGGAAAAGAGCUUGAUUCAGGAACACAAGCUGUUAUUGAUAAACUUAAGAGUCACCAAGAAGCUGGAGACACUUCCGAGAAAGCAUUUACUGCAGUAUUUGGCAAAGAACAACCAGGAAGAGUUCGAUGUUAUGGGAGGACAAUCACAAAAAUAUCUCUGCAGAAAGAACGGGAGAUUGCUAAAAUUAAGCAACAACAUGCAGAGACUAUAAGUUCAAUGAAAACUGAACUUCAUGAGACAAAAGAUAGAGUCCAAAGUUUGGAGGAUCUUGUGAAGCUUCUCUUGCAACAGAGUUCUCUUGGCACAAAUAUUGAUGAAGCACUAUCUUUAUUACGAGCCAAGGAAUCAACACAUGAUAUAAAUAGUAAGCAAUGUUCGAAUGGCAACGAUCGUCCUUCCUCAUCAACUCGUGAUCCAAAGUGAUGACCAGCGUUGUGCUAUUGUGAGGAAGAAAUUUUUUUCCUCAUUGCUGAAAUAAUGUGGCUAUGUUGGAGAGUGAUGCAUGUUGUCACUGCAACAGACUCUAGUAACUGCUGUUUCAUUCGCAGGAAUGACAGAAAUUGUCAAGGGAGUUGUUUCAUUUCUUUAUCUUUUCAUUUUUUCCCCUUCAAAUUUAUGUUUCAGUCAUUUUUAUCUUUUCAUUGCAUUUCUCUUUCUCAGUUUACUCAGGUACUUCAUCAAACACAUACCAUGCAUCAUUUUCCGUUAUUGCACCUUUUAUGUUUCAAUUUUUUUUUAAAUGCAACUUUAACUAAACCCCAAUUCAUUUAAAUGCAGCAGUUAUUGGACUCAGUGGAGGCAAGAGGAUUUUGAGUUCAUCAUACCACACACUAUCAGAUUGUUCCAACAAAGUCAAGCAUAGAUAUAAAAUAUGCAAAUAGAUUGACAUUAUUUUGAUAAAUAUUAAUUACUAUUUUGUUAUGACAAUUAUUGUUAGACAAGAAUUUUAUUAUUUUGUUGAGAAUUAUUGAUGAACAUGUAUUAGAAAUACUAAUUGAACUUUUUAAUAUCUAUUUUAAUUAGAAUUUUAUUUUUA